AUGUAUCUUACCUGCAUACAACGUUCUUCUCUUCAUACCUGUGCAGCGUGGAUACCCGUCCGAGUGGACACGCCCGCAUACGGCAUGUAUGUGCGAUUUCCACUCACUGCUACACGUAAUUUAUCUAAUAUCCGUGUCACUUCCCCCUCUCUGCAUCGGAUUAAUAAUCUAUCUAUCUAUCUAUCUAUCUAUCUAUCUAUCUAUCUAUCUAUGCUAUAUUUUGUUGAUGGUGACAAUUUUAAUAUCCUUUUUUUUAUAAUUCGAUCUCAAUUUCUUGACGCCGUCUUUCUCUUUCUUUCUUUUUUCUUUCUUUCUUUCUUUCUUUCUUUCUUUCUUUCUGUCCUUCUCUGUGUCUCCAUUAUCCACACUUUUUCCCCUACGCUGCGUAUUAUCCACAUUCCCUUAUUUUCCCCCCUCUCUUUCAAUGAAUUGUAUCUCCUUUUUCACCAACUUUUCAUUUAUAUCUUUUCUUUCUUUUCUUCUUCUCUUUUCAUUUCCUUAUCAUUCUUUCACCAUUCUGUCCACACUGUAAAUCUAUUUUGCUUGACUGUAGAUCUAUCUAUCUAUCUAUCUAUCUAUCUAUCUAUCUAUCUAUCUAUCUAUCUAUCUAUCUAUCUAUCUAUCUGA